AUGUCAUUGUUUUGGAUUGUAGUUCGUCAGCUAGCAGAAAUUGAGGCAAUGGCGGCAUCAAAGAAAGUGAUUCCUAGGGAAGUGUGGGAGAGGAAGCUUAAUAAUGUCAAGAUUAGGAAAGAAGACAUGAAUAAAUUGGUAAUGAAUUUCCUUGUCACGGAGGGUUUCGUUGAAGCUGCUGAGAAAUUCUGCAAGGAGUCUGGAACUGAGCCUGACAUCGAUCUUGCUACAAUCACUGAUCGGAUGGCUGUUAAGAAGGCAGUACAAAGUGGUAACGUUGAAGAUGCAAUUGAGAAAGUCAAUGACUUAAAUCCUGAGAUACUGGACACGAACCCCCAAUUAUUUUUCCAUCUUCAGCAGCAGCGGCUAAUAGAACUAAUCCGGAAUGGAAAAGUAGAAGAAGCUUUAGAGUUUGCACAGGAGGAGCUUGCACCAAGGGGAGAGGAAAAUCAAAGCUUUUUGGAAGAAUUGGAGAGGACUGUUGCACUGCUUGCCUUUGAAGACAUUUCAAACUGUCCUGUUGGAGAGCUUCUUGACAUAUCACAGCGUCUAAAAACAGCAAGUGAGGUGAAUGCAGCUAUACUUACAAGCCAGAGUCAUGAAAAAGACCCAAAACUUCCAAGCUUGUUGAAGAUGUUGAUAUGGGCCCAAAACCAGCUGGCCGAGAAAGCUUCUUUUCCUCGCAUAAAUGAUAUAACCACAGCUGCCUUAGAAGAUCCCGUUUAA